GUUGUGGCUGCCAAAUUCCAUCAGUUUCUGGCUCAGGCCAAAACCACCCCAACAAUCUUGAUAGAGGAAAAAAUUGAUCAAAAUCAAGAACAGGAAGAGGAUAAAUCGGAUGAUCAAUUGGAGCUUUUCUACUCGAAUUCGGGUGCGGUGGAGUCCUUGAAAUAGCUGCUGCAGCAGGAGAUGGAGGUAGGGAAGGACCGGGAGGCUAUAGAGAUGGUGAAGAAGUUGGUUUUGGCUCAACCGGAGGAAACAGAGUGGAAAUUUCUAAUGGCGAAAAUGCUGAGCGAAAUGGGAAGUACCCGAGAUGCACGAGAUGUGUUGGAAGAGAUUCUCAAGCUGAAUCCACUCGACUUUGAAGCAUUGUUCAAAAACGCCUUUUUAAUGGACAGGUAUGAGGGAGACACGGUGGUUUUGCAGUUGGAAGAGGCGUUGAAGGUUGCAGAGGGGGAUAAGGUGCAGGAGGCAAGAGAUGUGAGGCUAAUCAUGGCACAAAUUCAGUUCUUGUAGAAGAAUGUGGAUGAGGCGCUGAGGCGAUUCGAGGAGCUAGGAAGAGAAGAUCCUAAUGAUUUUAGACCUUACUUUUGUAAAGGGAUAAUAUAUAGCUUGCUUGAUAGGAACGAGGAAGCAAUGGAGGAGUUUUCCAAGUAUCAAAAGCUUUCACCCAAAAAGGUGGAGGUGAAGGGCUACUUGAGGUCGCCAUUGUCGAGGAUGAAGGUAUUUGGUACAAAUGAGGAGGAGAAUUGAAUUGGGUUUUUGUAGUUGAAUCUUUGGGUGAUCAGUAGCUUAAGUUAUGAGGAAUAAUGGUUCAAGAGGUGAGGAUUUCUCUCUUUUGAAAUAGGAAGGUUAAGUAUAUAGGAUCGCAACCGGGUAACACCCUUGCCCCUUUUGAAUUUUGAUAGUUGUUGCUUGGUAAAUUUGUUAUUUCUAUCAACACAAGUGAUGUCAAUCAUCAAAGAGGAUACUUCAAUAACAAAUAGAACUCUUGUUCCAAGUGAAUUUUAAAGAUAUAUUGCCUUGCCUUGUGGCAAAUAAUGCAUUAUCUUGUUGACAGGUACCGUUGUUAUCUCAAAUGAGAGUUUGGUCAAUACAAAUUGUACACUUUGAGUUCAUCUUGACAAGUGCUGCCAUUUCAUGUAAUGUUUUUUACCAAACAGGAAAGCAACUGUUGUGACAUGAAAAAUAAAUGACCUGGGCCCUCUUGAUGAUGAUAGAUAGCCGCUUCAUGUGCUUAACGGGGUGUUUGGAUGGCGGAGAAGAAGGUGGAUAUGUGAGGUGGCCGGAUUUGUAGUCCUUGUCCCACUCAAAUUCGGUGUUUGGUUGAGUUUUGAGGAAGCCGGAUAUAAACACUGUACCGGAUUCAAAUCCACCUGAAAGUGGAUUUAUGAAGCAGAGGUCAGACCCUAGCCUUGGCAAAUCUGGGGUUUUCAAACUGUUUUACCCCUCCAAAUUCCCCCUUGAACCAGAAGAGAAAGAAAAAAAAUUAUAGAAAAGACUACCACUCAUCGCUGGAGCUGCUCUCUCUCCUCCCGCCCUCCCUCUUCCUCUGCUCCUUCAUUAGGGCCCUCUCCUGCCUGUAAUCGAAAGAGAUUUUGAGGGAGAUUUGAGUAUUUGAGUUUUUCAGUGGUGAAGUGUAGGGAAUUUAGGGUAUUUGGGUGUAUAUAGUGGGGAGGAAUUUGGGAAUUUGGUUGCAGGUGGUGAAGUACACAAUGGGGAGGGGAUUUUGGGA